AUGGCAAACCUCCGGUGCAUUAAUACAUGCACAUCUCAACUUCGCCAUGCAAUGCAAUGCAAAGAUUUGUCUGCGGCAAUGUUCAAAUAUUCUUUCAUGUUAACUUGGAUAAGUGUCAAUGAACAUAUCAAGACGAUUCAUAAAAGACAAUUAGUUUCAAUGAACCAACUAAAGAUGAAAUGCGCCGAAGAUUUCACCUUAGAAGUUCGUUUUCCCCUUAAGCAAUAUAAAGUAUCAAAGAAUCCCAAAAAUUCUCGUAAAACACUACGAGAUGAUGAUGAUAUUAAUAUAUAA